GGUGAUCUUAACGUUUGGUGUUCGGUAGUCGGCGUGAAUGAAAAUUGCACGUGUAAUUUUUCAACUUUGAGCCAUUUAACUCGUUGUUUAAGUUCAUAAAAUAAUUUGACGUAAAGAGAUUGACAUAAUGGGUAAAAAUAAGCGAAUGAUGAACAGAGACCUUCCUAAUAUUUUAAUAACUGGCACACCAGGUACUGGCAAGAGUCAUAUGGCCAAAAAAUUGUCAGAGGCUCUUAAUAUGCAAUGGAUUGAUGUUAGUAAAUAUGCUAUUGAAAAUGGUUGCAUAGAGGAGUCUGAUGAUGAAUACAAAUGCCCAUUUUUAGAAGAAGACAAAUUGUUAGAUCUCAUGGAACCUAUCAUGUGUCAAGGAGGAAAAAUUGUAGAUUAUCACUCCAAUGAAUUAUUCCCUGAAAGAUGGUUUGACAUUGUCUUUGUUUUGAGAACCGAUAACAAAAUUUUAUAUGAAAGACUGGUUGCCAGAGGGUACACUGGCAAAAAAUUGGAAGACAAUGUAAGCUGUGAAAUUUUACAAACAAUAUUGGAAGAAGCUCAGGAAGCUUAUGAUCAUGAAAUAGUUCAUGAGUUAGACAGCAACACUCUUGACCAAGCAGACACAAAUGUAGAAAGAAUACUUCUGUGGGUCAAUAAUUGGCUUAAAGACAAUAAAAAGAAUUAAGAUGACAACAAGCAGAUGAUAAUAAAUGUAUAAUAAAAAUGAUA